AUGGCAGCAUUGCAAUCUUCUGCUGGUCAUCAGAAACCCCUAACCACCGCUAACGAUAUCCUCGGAUUACCGAAUUUUGCUAUUGUACGAAUCCCCGAAGGUGGCGAUAUCAUCAAACUUUUCAGUUUACUGUUAAACAAUGGUUUCCCGGAAGUGUCAUUCGUAAAUGAGAUUCGUGAAAAUGCAUUUCUCCCAGUGCUUAAUACAACAACGGCUCCUGUCUCCGAGCUUACACAUUUUUCUAACCCCGUCGCCGUACAGGAUUCAGUGAUAUCUUCGGAUGACAACAGUUCCCAGUUGCUUAUUAUCGAUGAUCAUACCACUCACCCGUCUCCGGCACCAUCCAGUUCUAAUUCCACCCACGGUUUGGCCACCUCAACUGCCAUACCAUCACCCAUACCGUUCAUUGCUCGACCACGUGGAUCACGAGCGAUCGCUAACGAUGACCCAUCAUUGUAUGCUAUUUGUCAGCUGUGUCAAAACAAAAUAAUGUCCAGUCGUCUAUCAAAUUUGACCAAUCAUGUCCGUCGCCAUGCAUCGCUCAAGCAGUUUCAAUGUGUCUAUUGCAUUUACACUCAUAACGAAAUGGCCAAAGUGCGCUUGCACAUGCAGCAUAAUCAUAAGGAUCACGUCAGUCAACCGUUGGAUGCACUUACGCCGGAAAUGCAGAACCAAUGGGAUUUGUUGAUGGACCAGUGUUUCCCGGGUUAUUCCAAGUUUUCAACAUUCAAAAUCGAAGAAAGUGAUCAUUCGGCUGAUUUAAUAUUAGCGGAUCCGAAUGAUUUGUCGUAUGCUUGUAUCGAAUGUGGUGAACGGGUCAAUGCUGAAGCACUUAUCGAACAUCUUGAUAAAGUACAUCGAAUAGAAUGCAUACCCUACUGCUGCGAGGAAUGUGGCUACCAGAAUGCUGAUCAGUGGAAAGUACGUCUCCAUAUUACGUUAAAACAUUCGGAGAUUGCGGCCGAUGUAAACGUUGAAGUGUUGGAGCCCGGUAGCAAUCUUGUCAUGUUCCUUCAUAAAUAUUUCCCGGAUACACCAGCCGAUGAGGAGGAAAGCAAAAUGUUAACACAGUUUCAAAGUUUGGCACCGAAAGAAGAACGAAAUAGUACGUCACCCUUAAGUUUUAAUGGAUAUGCGACGUCCAUAAAUGAUGCUGGAAACCACGUUCGAUGUGAGCUUUGUCAAAAAACGAUGCCAAAUUACCGGUCACUUUCUUCACUGAUGAAUCAUGCUAAGCGACAUUAUCAUCUGAAACAAUAUCAGUGCUCGGAGUGUCCAUAUACCAGUAGUGAAGCAGCACAUGUUCGUACUCACAUGGCGCUUAAGCAUCCUCACGUCGGUGCGAAACCUAUCGAUAACAAUUGUGAAAUGUUGCAAAAUGCUUGGAUUGAUGUAAUGCGUAAAUGUUUUCCUGGAUUAAUUUCAAAAAUUGAUCAGUUCCGAUUCAAACACUCUAGGAGUGAAGAUGGCAACAAAGAUGAAAAUCCAGCUGAUGAAGAGAUCUUUAUGCAUAACAAAAGGAAUUCUUUUAAGAACCAUAUUGCAACAUCUCCGCAACGUAAAGUACAGAAACUACAAAAAGGGAAAGUCAGUGGAGCCAGCGAAUCAUAA